AUGGGAAUAUUCAACCCCUUCACAACCGGAGAUGGACCUGAAGCCAUUUUGGUACCCAUAGCGUUUGGAAUAAUAUUUUUAAUCGGAAUAAUUGGAAAUGGAACUCUGAUAUUCACUGUAUUAUUUAAUAAAGUGAUGAGGAAUGUGCCCAAUGUGUUUAUUGUGAGUUUAUCAAUAGGUGAUUUAUUAUUGAUAUUGGUCUCUGUACCGUUCUCUGCCACUAUAUUUACAUUUAAAGGUUGGCCAUAUGGUGAUUUUACUUGCAGACUUAACUAUUUCUUAGAGACCUUAUCUCUGGGUGUGUCGGUUUUUACCUUAACGGCGUUAAGUAUUGACCGUUAUAUGGUAAUAGUGAACCCAAUGUCCAAACAUACGAGUAAAACUAUGGCCAAGACAGUAGUAAUUGCUGUGUUUAUAUGGUGUUUGGCAGCAAUAUUAGCAAUACCUGACGCUGUGGUUUCACAUGUUGAAGAUAUACCGUUAAUGAAUAUCAGCAAGACUCUUCCUAUAUGCUUCAAUUACCCCACUGAUGUACCAGAUUACGAGAAGUACAAUGUCUGUAUCAAAUUUAUGAUAUAUUUUGCCAUUCCAUUGGUAGUAAUAGCUGUGUUCUAUAUUCUGAUGGCACGUGUGUUAAUUAAAAGCGGUGAAAUGAUGCCAUGUGAAGGUAGGGGUGCUAAUAAUCACCAACGUCAAAUUGCUGCCAGAAAGAAGGUGGCUAAGGUUGUGAUGUCGUUUGUUCUUAUAUUCGCCGUCUGUUGGCUACCACGUUAUAUCUAUCUCAUGUGGUAUUAUUUUGACGAUUCUCAAUUUAAUCAUUUCUGGAUUGCGUUCAAAAUUAUUGGCUUCUGUCUGACAUUCAUCAAUUCAUGCGUCAAUCCAUUUGCUCUUUAUUUUCUUAGUGGACAAUUUAGAAAAUAUUACAAUCGUUACUUGUUUCGCUGUAUACCAAAAGUCCGUUACACCAGCCUGGAACCGUCUUCCACCAUGCACAAUUUUAACAGCACUGUUCGUCGUGCUUCCUCUACCACCACUACUAUAGUUCAGUCCCAAUCCAUGUGUUAA